AUGAUUCUACCUGAAAGUUUCAAAUUCAUAACUUCAACAUUAUCAUGGACAUUACGUGCUGGUUGUUUAGCUCAUUUAAUACAUGAAAAUGUUUAUGAAUUUACUGAAACUAGAGGUGAAUCAAUGUUACCUACUUUACAAAAUCAAUAUGAUUAUGUUCAUGCUUUAAAAAAAUACAAAUUUGGUAGAAAUUUAACAAUAGGUGAUUGUAUAGUUGCAAUGAAACCAAGUGAUCCAAAUCAUAGAAUAUGUAAACGAAUAACAGGAAUGCCUGGGGAUAUAAUAUUAGUUGAUCCUUCAAGUUCAUCAAAUUUAACAAAUACUGAAAAACAAAGUAUUAUAAAUGAUGGUUAUAAUAAAUUUAUAAAAAUACCCGAGGGUCAUGUAUGGUGUACUGGUGAUAAUUUAUGUCAUUCAUUAGAUUCAAGAAGUUAUGGAGUUUUACCUAUGGGGUUAAUAACGGGGAAAAUUAUAGCUGCAAAUUCAAUGAAUAUUGGUAUAAAAGGAUUAUGUGAUUUUAGAUGGAUAAAUAAUACAUUUGUAGAUGAAUAG